ACCAACCACCCGCGUCAAACACCACUAAAGUACAAUGCACAAAUCUGCUACGCCCUUGGUCGCGCAGCUGAGAUUUGUUGUGAUGGGCCCGCACUCGUGGAUGUUAUGAGUAAGCGUGGUCGACUCCAAGUAGUUUAGUAAUGUUGUAUUCCGAUGUCUGCUGUUCAAGCUGAAACUGAGUGGGAGGCUAAAAGCCCAUGACAACAUGAGUCCUCCAGCUGUGCCUGUGGUCCACUGCUGUUGUCACAGAAAAAUCUGGUUACACUCAACAGCUGCCAGAGGGCUGCCCUUUGUGUUUUCCUCCAGCCCUUAGUGGUCAGAUUCACCCCCAGGCCAUGGUGAGGAGAGGGCAGUACCAUGAAUAGAUACACCACACUCCGGCAGCUUGGGGAUGGCACUUACGGCUCUGUCAUCCUUGGCCGCAGCCUGGAAUCAGGAGAAUUGGUCGCCAUUAAGAAAAUGAAGCGGAAGUUCUACUCAUGGGAGGAAUGCAUGAAUCUUCGUGAGGUCAAAUCCCUAAAAAAACUCAACCAUGCGAAUGUGGUCAAACUCAAGGAGGUUAUACGGGAAAAUGACCACUUGUACUUUGUGUUUGAAUACAUGAAGGAGAACUUGUAUCAACUUAUGAAAGACAGGUCUCGGCUAUUCCCUGAAUCUGCCGUAAGAAAUAUUAUGUUCCAGAUACUGCAGGGAUUAGCGUUUAUUCAUAAGCAUGGUUUUUUUCACAGGGAUAUGAAACCUGAGAAUCUUCUGUGCAUGGGACCAGAGCUUGUGAAAAUAGCUGACUUUGGACUUGCCCGUGAGAUAAGAUCUCGGCCGCCAUACACAGACUACGUUUCAACAAGAUGGUACAGAGCUCCAGAGGUGCUGCUUAGGUCCACCUCCUACAGCUCCCCUAUAGACCAGUGGGCUGUGGGAUGCAUCAUGGCAGAGCUGUACACCCUCAGGCCUCUGUUCCCUGGCUCAAGUGAAGUGGACACCAUCUUCAAAAUCUGCCAAGUCUUGGGAACUCCAAAGAAGAACGACUGGCCGGAGGGCUUCCAGUUGUCGGCGGCCAUGAAUUUCCGCUGGCCCCAGUGUGUCCCCAGCAGUCUGAGGAGUCUCAUCCCGAACGCCAGCGCAGAGGCCGUCCACCUGAUGAGAGACCUGCUCCAGUGGGACCCCAAGAAAAGGCCAGCCUCUGCACAGGCCCUCAGGUACUCCUAUUUCUAUGUGGGUCAGGCGUUGGGCACGCCUCAGCAGAUACUGGAGCAGAGCCGACCUCAGCCAGGUCCCCUCCCUCCACAGGCACCACAACAGUCCCAGCAGCCAAUGCAGCAGCAGCAACAACAACAACAGCAGCCAGCAGCAGCAGCAGCAGCAACAGCAGCAGCAACAACACAGCAGCAGCAGCAACAACAACAGCAGCAGCAACAACAACAGCAGCAGCAGCAACUACAACAGCAGCAGCAGCAACUACAACAGCAGCCACUGCUACUGCUCAAACCAGUGCCCCCUCCACAACCAGCGUCCUCAAAUCAGCAUUUCAACUCGUCCAGGCCCCUCCAGCAGGUCCAGCCAGUCACAGUGUUGCCCCCUACAGCGGUUCCAUUGUACCAGAGGCCAGCAGACCUGCUGCCCAACCGCAUCGUAAAGCAGGAGGAAACCGAGAGGGUACCACUCACCCGCUUACCUUACAUUGUUGACAAGAGCUUGCAGGGCAAGCUGACCCAGGAGGCUGAGAACGACACGUUCUUAAGCUACCAGAUGAAGCCCAAAGGCGGUGGCCGCCGGCGUUGGGGCCAUGGCAACGGUCCCCUGAAGGGCGACGACUGGGAUGACUUUGAGGACCCAGAGCUGACCUCACUGAGUGUUCUAGGAAAAACAAACUUUACUGCUGAAAAACGAAGAGAUGAGACAUUGACCAGGUUUGGAACUGUUUUGGAUUUUAGCAGCCCCAAAGUUAAGGGGCAAGUGGUGAGCGGUGAUGAUGCGCCUUUAAAUCUGAACAAGGCCAUGUCCUAUCAGGAGCCUUCAAGGACAGCCUCUGCCAAACAGCAUUACUUGAAGCAGUCAAGAUAUUUACCAGGUUUAAGUACCAAAAAGAAUAUGGCAAUACAUUCCAAUAAAGACUACCGUGAAAGCAACCUCUGGGACAGCGGAGGUGUGCCGGUAGGAGGGACACUCCCUAACCGAAGUACUCAUGGUUCAAAUACCCUUCCCAGUGGAUAUGCAUCGUCCUAUUACAAAAAAGAGGUGGGCUCUGCUGGUCAAAGAGUGCAACUAGCACCAGUAGGGGACUCGACUGCAUCAAAUUAUGCAACCUGGAGGUCGUCCAGCAGAGGUCAGGCGGGUGCCUCGUCCUACGUGCCGUCACCCACCAAGUCGACGUCUGGCCUGCGGUCUCGCCCCCCAGUGCCGGCCGUCCAUGGGCGCACAGACUGGUCUGCCAAAUAUGGACAUCGCUAGUGGCCUCAGUGGGGUACCAGUGUUGUGUCCUGGUACAGAUGGACGUCUGUACUCUCUAUCCGAUGUAAAACGUUUUCAUGUCAAAGUUCAUACAUGUUAUACAGCAAUAACCUUGGUUUUGUAUUAUUCUGUGUAUAUAUUGUUCUGCGCGCGCGCGUGCGUGUGUGCGCGUGUUACGGUGUAUGGCUCAAUGCACUCAGCAAAAAGUUGUUCUUAUCACCUGCUGUGGAGACACUUGCCAUUUUGUUUGGUGACAGAUUCAGUGUUUUUGUUUAAUUGCAUAGCAUAACUUUGUACAAUGUUUGUUCCAUAGAUUUUGUAACACGCCCAUGAAAAUGUGCAUUUGCAAUUACCAAUCCAGUCUUUAUGCAUUUUAUAUUGCAAAUAUCACUGUGAUAUUCUUCUUCAUUUCUGUUGGUCAUAUUGGCCAACGCUUGUUCUAACUGUUCUUAAUGUUAUGUUUUAAUAUUUCUUUUGGUGCUUGCGUUCAUGAGACAUUCUGGAGAUGAGCAUUUUGUUACUCAUUGUUUUUGUUAGUUUUUUGCUUUUGGAACAGGCCUUUUUUUUUUAUCAUAUGGCUUUUUUUUAUUGAGAGGCUCUAAGUAUUUAAAAAUAUAUACUACUGUAUGUUGACUUGGUUUUUCUCAUGGGCCAAAUUGUACAAACAUAUAACUGCCAGUUACCAAAUGCCAAUGCUAAAUAUUUAAUUUAUCUGGUAUUGUUAUGACACGUUUCCCCUGUUGAAAACUGUUUUGGACAAGCUAAGCUGUAAGAACCAUUGUGUCUGACUUUUAUGGUUUUAUAUUCAAAGUAAUUGAUUUUAUAUUCAAUAAAGUCACUUAAAGUUAUUCUAA